CGCACCGCAUAUGUAAUUACUUUGCAUGACGAAGCCGCACUAUUUCUCUUCCGCGUAGCUGCCAGCUUCCCGCCCACAGGUUUGGACCCUACCCUACCCCACGCCACCCACUUCCCCAUACACAUUCUUAUUCUUCACUUCACUCAUAGCCGCUCACUCUGUGUAAAAAAAGGGGGAAAAAGUCUAGAGCCCCUCAAAGAAUUUGAACAAAGAAUUACACAAAAUAAAAAGAAAAAAAAUGGGAGAAGUGUACAUUGGGUUUUGUUUGUAGAGUGAUGGCGAAGAGUGGGGUGUUUGAAGGCGAUCCAGGAAUGGCGUCUAAGGCCAUGGGAUUGAAAAGGGAAUUGCAGAAAUUGGUCAAGGCAAUUGUUGAUGACGAGGAUGUUAACUUGGAGGCAAUUGAUAAAGCCCAGCAAAUGCUUUCUGCUUUAAAGGAACUGAAAUUGAAGAAAAUUUUAUCUCUUAAUUUUCAUAAUAAUCAUCGCGAUGAGGUAGUUUCUGGUGCGGUGCCCGAGGAAUUUAAGUGCCCACUUUCCAAAGAGCUCAUGAGGGAUCCUGUUAUUGUUGCCACCGGACAGACUUAUGAUCGGCUCUUCAUUGAGAAAUGGUUAAAAUCUGGGAACAGGACGUGCCCUCGAACUCAACAAGUAUUAUCGCACACUAUUCUUACACCGAAUCACUUGAUUAAGGAAAUGAUAUUGCAAUGGUGCAAGAAUCACGGUAUUAAAUUGUCAGACUCUGUUCAGCAUUCCGAUGAGGACGGCUUAACUGGAGAUGACCGGGACCGAUUCCUAUGUUUGCUUGAGAAAAUGUCAUCAACAUUGUCUGAUCAAAAAGAAUCCGCUAGAGAGUUGCGGCUAUUGACGAAAAGAAUGCCUUCAUUCCGUGCACUUUUUGGUGAAUCUCGCAAUGCAAUACCUCAACUGCUGUCCCCGCUAUCUCAAAGCAAGACUCGGAAUGAGGUUCAGCCAGAUCUCCAUGAAGAUAUAAUCACGACACUUCUGAAUCUUUCCAUUCAUGACAAUAAUAAAAAGCUAGUUGCAGAGAUGCCGAUGGUUAUUCCGCUUCUUAUCGAUGCUUUGAGAUCAGGCGCUAUUGAAACAAGGAGUAAUGCAGCUGCAGCCCUUUUCACAUUAUCGGCUCUCGACUCAAACAAGGAACUGAUUGGUAAAUCUGGAGCUUUGAAACCUCUCAUCGACUUAUUAGAAGAGGGACAUCUUUUAGCCAUGAAAGAUGUUGCAUCGGCAAUUUUUAAUCUAUGUAUUCUUCACGAGAAUAAGUUGAGAGCUGUUAGAGAUGGUGCGGUGACAGUUAUACUGAAAAAGAUCAUGAAUCGAAUGCACGUUGAUGAGUUAUUGUCCAUCCUCGCCAUGCUUUCAACCAGUCAAAGAGCUGUCGAGCAAAUGGGAGAGCUUGGGGGAGUUCAAUGCUUGCUUAGUAUAAUCAGGGAGACUUCUUGUGCUCGAAACAAGGAGAAUUGCAUUGCAAUCCUUUUUACUAUUUGUCAUAGUGAUCGAUCCAAGUGGAAGCAGAUGAGGGACGAGGAAAACACAUAUGGAACUAUCUCUAAGCUCGCUGAAAAUGGCUCGUCCAGAGCCAAAAGAAAGGCCAGUGGCAUACUCGAAAGACUGAAUCGGGCUAUCAAUCUUACCCAUACAGCGUGAUGUGGGUACUGAGCACAUAUUCUGUAAAUUCUACAUAUUUUCAUUUUCCUUCAUUAUCGACGUUCAUUCUGUAUAUUUUAUUAUCUAAGCAUGGCUUGAUCUCAAGUAUAUGGUUUGUGCAUAAUACUAAUGAAAUCUCUACUCAUAAGGUUCCUUUCAA